AUGAUUCAACUAUCGUCCUGCAUUGCAUCAGAUGGUUUUCAAACCAAUAUAAGAGAAAAUUUACUAGGAAUACCAACAAUUAUGUAUCCUGAAUUAAAUCAAAUUGAUAUGAAUAUUAAUCCAAAAACAGAAAUUAAUCGCCCUGUUAGUGUACAAGAUGCUGAAUUAUUACUUUCAAUAAGUUCUGCACCACCACCUACAAAACCAAGAAAACUUCAUCCAAAAUUUCGACCAUAUAUUUGUGAAUCAAUUGAUACAUCUAUUCCAAUAUUAAAUAAUUUAAAAUUAUCAAAUCGAUCAAAUUCAAUAUCAUCAUCCCUAUCUGAUGAAUAUUCAUCAGAUCCAUCAUCAACACCAUGUACAUCUCCAUAUUUAUCAUCAAAUGAUGAUAGUCAAACAUCUUUAACUCAAAGCAAUAAUAAUAAUAAUACGAAUAAUAAUAAUCAAGAAUAUCAUGUUCUUUAUGUUAAUCUCAAUGGUGAAUAUGUUCCUGUAGCUAAAACUUCAUUUACCAUUCCAACAACACUUCCAUCAUCAGACUUUCAAAUCCCGAUAUGUAAACCAACAUUAACACUUGAUCGAAAAAGAAAUCAUAUCUGUAUAUAUCCCGGCUGUCAAAAAUCAUAUUUUAAAUCAUCUCAUUUAAAGGCUCAUGUUCGAUUACAUACUGGUGAAAAACCGUUUUCAUGUUCGUGGUCAAAUUGUUAUAAAACAUUUGCACGAUCAGAUGAAUUAAGUCGACAUCGACGAACUCAUACUGGUGAAAAGAAACAUAUUUGUCCUGUUUGUCAAAAAGCCUUUAUGCGUAGUGAUCAUUUAUCAAAACAUCAAAAACUUCAUACAAAAAUCAAGAUCUCAUCUUGA